AUGCCGCCACCAACUAAUAUUGGAGCUGAAAAUUCCUGGUACCUAGAUACUGUUGCAAGCAACCACGUGUCAGGAGAAAGGAGGGUGUUUCGUGAGCUUGACACAUCUGUUGUUGGAAAGAAUGAAACACUAGUAGUAUUUAAAAAGUUCAAAAUCAGUGUGGAGGUAGAGAAAGACAAGAAGAUUAAGAGCUUUAGAACGGACCAUGGAGGAGAGUUCGUAUCUACUGCUUUUAAAGACUAUUGCGAGAAUGAAGGCAUGAAGAGAUUUCUUACUGCACCAUUUUCACCACAACAAAAUGGUGUAGUAGAAAGGCAUAAUGGAACGGUUGUAGAGAUGGCCAAAUGUAUAUUAAAGAGCAAAGAGAUGCCCGCAAAAUUUUGGGGAGAAGCUAUCAAAAUUGCCAUGCAUAUUUUGAACAGAUCACCAACAAAAGGAGUUGCAGAUGAGGAGAGGAAUAUUGAACAAAUCGAAGUUGAUUCAGAUGAAAGGCAAAGGAAAAAUUCGUCCUCAACUUUAUCAAUGCCGAAUAGUACCUCAAAUGCAUCAUCAUCAAGCUUGUCGACGCCGAAAAAGUUCAAGUCUCUAGAAGAUAUUUAUAGAGAACUGAACGAAGCAGAGGAGGAAGCAAUGAACCUUUGUUUUCUUUCUAUAGAGGAGCCAACCUCAUAUGAGGAAGCUGCUAAGAAUGAAAACGGGAGGAAUGCCAUGAAGUCUGAAAUUCUCUCCAUUGAAAAGAACAGAACGUGGGAACUCACAGAUUUGCCGAAGAAUCAUAAAGCAAUUGACAUCAAAUGA